AUGUCCCUAAGGCCCCAGAAGUUCGUUCGCGACUUGGUUCUCCGGCGCUGCUUCUCGGGCCGAGUCCUGGAUGCGGGGUGCGGCAUCGGGGACAACGCGCUGUACGUGGCCAAGGCGUGUCCGGGGGCGAAGGUCACGGCAGUGGAUGUGGUAGGUCGUUGUCUGGAAUUUGCGGCGGCCAAGGCGGAGCUCCGAAAUAUGCGAGGACAGGUGGACUUGCAGGUAGCGGAUCUAUUGGAAACGGACACCAGCCAGCUGCCGCCGGUUCUGGGCCCUACCAAAGACAGCUCGUACGACAUCAUACUCGACUCGUUAACCUUCCACUGCUUCUCCGAUGCGGAUCGUGAUCGUUAUGUUUCGACGCUUCGACGGCUUCUUCGCCCCGGGGGCCUUAUCUACAUGAACUGCAUGUCGGAGGAGGAAACAAGACCGGGCGGUCCUAGGCGUAUCACUGUUCCUGACCUGUUGUCCGUCUUCUGCGCUGCUCGCGACUGGGAGGUACUGGGCGUCGAGGACUCCAUGAUUGAUUUCCACCCCACGUUCUGGGGGGGUAAGGCGAAAGCAAGGCUCUACACCAUCCGCAAGCUGCCGCAGUAA